CGUCCAUAUUUCCAGUGACGACCACCAUGCAGUAUAACGCUUCAGUCUCCUCAACCACUUUACACAUUCUCUCGGGUUCCUUUCGCUCUCUGUCCUUGUUUCUACUUGCUUUUUCUCCCAUACAUCGUUCCCUCUCUUUGAUCCAAACUAUUGACGCCUUUGGUCCCCAUCAAUACCUGGCCACUAACGCUAGAAAGGACAGAGUCUAUGCUACUAGUUGGGCGCUACCCCCUGCACUCUCUAGUUGGGAGAUAGACCGCAAUGAAGACAACGAGAACGCUUGGGCAGUCUAUCAUCUCAAUACUGUUCCGAUCACUGCUACAUCCUCAUACAUCAUUCUACCUCCGCCCUAUACUCAUAUUUACUCGGCCGGCGGUCCAACAGGUGAAGUCCAUACCGUCGACUCAUCCCAUGGCGGCUUUGGUGCAAAACUUCAGCAAUUGCUCUUCGUUUCCGAGAACGAGCUUGAACAAGCAGAUAAAACCCGCGUUGCUCUCCGUUACGGCUCACACGGAGUAGAGUUUUCGAUUGCACUAGGUUUGGCUUUCAUCCCCGUUCUCGGUACUGAUUCCAUAGAAGCGUACAAGUGGGAUAGGUCGACGGGAUUGCUGACCCACAUAUAUUCAUCAUUAUCUCCCCGCGGCCCCAACGCUCACGAUGGGCCAAGGCAUGUCAAAAUACAUCCAAAUGGCAAAAUACUGUAUUGUGUUACCGAACACACAAACUUUCUAGACUCCUACCUUAUCACUCCGACAUCCCUUGUAUAUCUCUCUUCCCAACCGAUCAUACCUGAUUCCUUACUAUCCGAACAAUCACGCUUUAGGGGAGAUACUCUUCUUCUCUCUCCUCCGACCCCUUCAAAUCCGACUCCCAACUCCAUUUGGGCUACCACCCGAGGCUCGAAGCACUCGGACAAAGGUUGGGUCAGCGUCUUCAAGCUGAACGUUGAGGGCAGACUUGUCUCCGCUGACGAGACUGAACGGUAUGAAACCCUCACAUCCGGGGGGAAAGCUCAUGCUAUCGAUCUGUAUCCCAAGGCCCUUGUGAGAGAAACUGGUGGUCAGAGUAAAGAUGGAGCCGUGUGGAUCCUGCUCACGGAUGACUCGGACACUGCUGCUUCUCUGGAAGGAGGUGGGGGUGUGAGGGUUUUGGAAUGGGACGGAUGGAGUACUGGGGGCGUAAAGGAGGUCGCUAACUGGCCGACGCCUUCUGCACAGCAUGUAAAGGAAAGAAUGGAAGGAGGAAGUCAUGCCUUGUGGUUGGAUUGA